UGCGACGAGUGCAGACGUUUGAAGGAGAAGUGCGAGGGAGGCACUCCCUGUAAAAGGUGUAUCCACAGUCGACGGCGCUGCGAAAUGAGCCAGCUUUCAAGGACUCGAAACUUCCGUCCUUAUAUUCCUGAAACACGAAUAGCCAAAUCUGACUAUCAGGAAUUGAUUGAUCGCUCGAAAUGUAUGGAGCGCAUAUUGAAACGAACUAUUCGCGGCAUUAGGCUGGAUACCAAAAGUCUUGCCCACCUGGCUGAUACGCUUGACCAUGACGGAGAUAAUGCGGGCGAUGCUGAAUCAGAACCAGCAGCCGAAGUCGAAGAGUUGGAGAUGAACGAUGAGGCGUGCACAAUGGACCCAGUAGAUGAAAAGACAACCCACUUUUCGGGCGAAUUUUCAUAUUGGAACUUCUCAAUGCGGCUCAAACAGCAAAUCGAGCAGAUGGGCGGCUUGGAGUGCCAGUCUCGCAAGGCCGACCACGCCUGGAAUUUUCCCCGAGCCCAUCAUUUACAGCCCGGAAGAAGCCAUCUAUCGGCAGCCAUGUCAUGCUGUCCUCCGCGUCCAGUUGGCGAGUUUCUGGCGAGAGUCUUCUUCAAACACGUUGAGACACAUUACUACCUGGUUGAAAAGGUCUGGCUCAGUGACAAGAUGAGUAUACUCUACGACGACCCCAGCAAGUUCACCACCAAAGGUGGAGAGGUGGUCCUCAGUAUUCUUCUCACGGUAUUCGCCAUUGGAUCUCAAUAUGCACAUCUCGAGUCCUCUUCGAAAGCUCCAAAGGAGCAGCAUGAACAGAGUCUGUCAGAAGAGGACAUUGGGGCGACCUUUUAUCAACAAGCAAUUCGAUUGUUGCCAGAGAUCAUCGAGCUCUCUUCUCUCGAAAGCGUCCAAGCAUGUCUUCUUUUUGGCUAUUAUGCAUUACCGGUGGAUACAUCAGGACUGGGGUAUAUCUACGUCAAUCUUGCGAUUCGACUUGCAAUGCAGAAUGGUAUGCACCGGAAAUGUGCAAGCGGUGCAUUCAGUGCGGCCAUAGUGGAGACGCGUAACCGGGUAUGGUGGACGGCAUACCUUCUGGAACGAAAAAUAUCCAUUUUUCACGGACGGCCCCUCUCAAUAUGCAGGAAAGAUGUCGACGCCUUGUUGCCAGCUUAUCGUGCUGAACAGGACUCCAGUGACACACAGACAUGUGUGGCUCGGGCUGAAGCCUCUAUUCGACUAAUCGAUUACCUUGAGGAGCUAUUCAUCAAUGUAAAUUCUCUUCGGAGCUGCGACAAGUCGCAGAUCCCGAACACCAUUUCGCAUCUGCUUGCCAGCAAGGACUCAUUGAAGGUAUGGUGGGAGUCACUGCCCAGGGAUCUGACAACCACUGCUUUACAGCCACUGCACCAACUACGCUCCGUUAUACACUUUCAACUAGAAUACUGUCUGGUGAGAAUGUUCAUCGGAAGGCCGUUUCUCCUCAAACGAGAAGGUCAAGAAUCAACGUAUACCUCACCCGCGGAAUCUGAAACCACCCCAGCAAGUGAACGUCGGUCGUCCGACAAUGUACGACUGAAAAAUACAUUGAGCCGCAAAACCUUGGUUGAGGACUGUAUCAAGGCAGCCACAGAUGCGCUAAGCAUUCUGCAAGAUCUGCGAGACAGCACGGGCCUCGCCAGAGCGUCAUACAUCGAGUACAGCGCCUGUCGGGCGUCGCUUCUUGUGUUGAUAGCUUACUCUAUUCAACAAUCUUCAGAAAGAUAUCGAAAUUUGCUUCUCAAAGGGCUUGACAUGAUCCGAGAGAUGUCUGCGGCAGGCGAGUCUGCUCGGUCGGAAGUCUACUUGAUCGAGACUUUGGAGCGUGCGCUUGCUCGUCUGCACGCUGGUGUGCAGCAUGCCCAGCAAGCUGACAACGCUACAUCCUGGCUUUCCAUGUCAGGAUACGAAGCUUUCAAGCAUUGGGGGACAAACAUACGAGAAGACAUUGCUCAUGGAGGUACGAGCCUUGAAAGGACACCGACCUCGUCAGGGCCAGCUAUUAGCGAAAGACCCUAUCCAAAUGCGUAUCACACGCAUGCUCAAUCAUUCGGGCAACCAUCGGACAUGCAUUUGAAUCAUGCAAUCCUACCAAUAUCAGAUCAGGAAAUGAGUAUGAUCUUUGACAUUGAUCCCAUUAUGGACAUAUCAUUCUUUGGAGCCGAGAAUGUUUCUCCCUCGUCGACAUGGCCUACUUGGACCGAGGCGCAAGUUCUCGAGCAAUUUCUUACGAAUUCAGAUUCCGGGCCAAGCACAGGAGUUGAUUCGACUCAGGUACCCUGA